AUGUUCCCCUUAGACACAGCGCCUACUCCAGUGUUUGGUGGCAGGCACAAGACGACAGCUGUGUUAGGAUCAAGUUUCCAGCGCUGGAAAGAAUCAAGCGAAACUAAACGGGAAGUGUUUGUCGAUGAAGAGGACAAUAAUGAAAUUGGGGAGGGGCAACACCAGCAAGCACCUCAGCAGCAACAGGUGAAGCAGCCCUGUCAGCCACCUCCUGUCAAAUGUCAAGAGACAUGCGCCCCCAAAACCAAGGAUCCAUGUGCUCCGCGGGCUAAAAAACAAUGCCCACCUAAGGGCACGGCCAAUCCAGGCCAGCAGAAGUGUCCUCCAGCCCAGCAAGCCCCCCAGUGUAAACAGAAAUAA